CACAGCUGUUUAAAAAUUGUAAAUAAAGUGCAGUGAUAAGCUCUCAGUAAAUUAUUUCAAGAAUUUACACGCAGCGCUACUUGAAAAUGGAUUUAAAAACGAAAGCAAACUGUUAUCUUUAUGAAUUAAAACAGAUUUGGUUAAGUCUGCAUAGCAUCGACAAUGUAUUUGCAUACAAUUUAAAUGUUACAAAAACUAAAUAUCUGCAGGGGAAUGAGAUAAUAUAUAUGGAGUAUAAUCCACAGCGUACACGUUUACGACGUUUACCGCAGACUAUAAGCAGUUUGACACCAGUGUUUGAUGAAAAGGCUUUCAAUUUCAAAAAGAUUAAAUCAUUGGAGUUGUUAAUGAACAUACCAUAUGAAGGAGCAGCUAUUUCAAUGAUAAUCAAUAAGAGUCCAUUAACACGGUAUCAUACAUUAAUAUGUCCAGAUGUGGCAGCAGGGCAACCACAACGUUUGACACUUCCAGCUUUGAGAUUUUGCAUAACAUUCUUACUAAACAUUAGGGACGAAGAAAAGGCAUUUCGUAUUGGCUAUAAUAGUCCUGGUGCCUUGGCAUCGGUGAAUCACUUGCAUUUACAUCUACUCUAUGUUACGACAGAUUUAUAUAGUGAUAAAGCGGAAUUAGAAUUGUUGGAAAGACCAAAUAUUUAUCGUUUAAGUGAUAAAAUGCCAACAGAGGCGAUAUGCUUUUUAUUUAACAAAACUGGUGACGAAGAGGCUUUGAAUGCACAAAUACAGCAACUAUUUCACUUUAUUAUGUGGCUGUGCGAACACGACAUUCCGCACAACUUGUUUUUAACUCCCAAUCGAGGUGAAAAUUUUGGAAAUGUGUUGAAAGUAUUUGUGUUUUGUCGAAAAUCAUUUUGUUAUGUUAAGAAUUUUAAUACCUAUAAUAUUGGAUUUUGUGAAGUUGCGGGUUAUGUGACAGUCGGAGAUGAAAAGCUGUACGAAAGACUUACAGAACAAGAAGUGCUAGCUAAAAUACAAAAUGAAACUGGCGAUGUGUUUAAGGAAGUUUACGAGUAUUUCAAAGCGUAAAGAAAGAUAACAAUAAAUUGUGUUUGCUCAACAUUAAGUACACUAUAAAGGAUACUACUGUUUAUCGGCGCUACAUUUAAAGUAUUGAAAACUUUCAUUUUUGAUAAAAAUUAAAAAUAAAGCUGG